CCGCUCGCUCCCUGGUCUUAACGGCGUACUUCCGGGGUUUGUCUGGCCGCCUUCCUUCCACUCGUCGGCUGGGAGCGGCCUGUGCGACAAUAAUAGCAGCAUCAUGGCCGGCAUCAAAGCUUUGAUUAGCCUGUCCUUUGGGGGAGCAAUUGGACUAAUGUUCCUAAUGCUUGGGUGUGCCCUUCCACAGUACAACCAAUAUUGGCCUCUGUUUGUUCUGUUCUUCUACACCCUCUCUCCAAUUCCAUACUGCAUAUCAAGAAGAGUAGUCGAAGAUACAGAUGCUACAAGUAACGCCUGCAAGGAACUUGCUAUAUUUCUUACAACAGGCAUUGUUGUCUCAGCAUUUGGGCUUCCAAUUGUAUUUGCCAGAGCACAGCUGAUUUAUUGGGGAGCCUGUGCACUUGUCCUCACUGGAAACACAGUCAUAUUUGCUACCAUCCUAGGAUUUUUCUUGGUUUUUGGCAGCAAUGAUGACUUCAGCUGGCAACAGUGGUGAAAAGAGGUGGAAAGAGAACUAUCAGCAUCUUUUGUCAUUCAGUGGCCAUCCAUACAACAGAAAGAAUGGGCAAUAAAGUGAAUGUACUGUUUCCACAGAGGGACUCUAGGUGUAAGACACUCUAUAGUCAUUGUUCCUCUCCUUUCACAUGCAAAUUUAGCAUUUUGCUUGAUUUCAACAUUUUUUAAAUUGUGGAUGUUGUUUUCUUUCAAGGCUUUAUUUUGAUGUGGGAACCAGAAUGCUUAAAUGUGAUGUUUAAAUGUGUCUCUGUUUAAGAACAUCAUAACUGUGUUUAAAUAUAAAAUUUAUCUGCUGACCCUGGGUUAUUUUAAGCUGAUAUAUACAAUUGUACAAUUGUACAUCCAAAUUAGCAACAAACCAAGGACAUAAAGGUAAGUUGUUUCUGAAGCCCUUUCUUGGACAUGAGUAUUUGGAAAUAAGUCUCACUGAGUUCAAUGGGGCUUACUCCCAAGUAAGUAUGUAUGUGUGUAAGUGUGCAUUGUGUACAAGACCUAUUAAUCUCAGUGGGGGACUUAAACAUGUCUUCAACACUCCUGUUCCUUUUUGAAAUAAAUAGGACUUAAAGCAGCUGGAUUAUGUAAUUAGCAAAUGCGUACAUGGCUGUGGGAUUUUGGUAGUGAUGUGUGAAGAACUGAAGAGAAAAAUGCCCAGUGGCUGAUUAGGGUGCUGCUUAUUUCUAUAUGCAGCUGAAACAGAAUGCUAUUGAUUUGAGAAGAUAGCUUUGGACAAUAAUGGAAUGCCUCGAUUUUAAUUAUUUUGGAUUUUACAAAUUUUUUGUUGCUGAUUCUAUAAAAUGUAGCUGGGGGAAGAAUCUGAUCUCUCAUUGGGGAGCAGAAGACAACUGACCUUUAAAAUCUACUUUAUAAGAAUUCAUGUUGAAAUGCUACUAUUUUAUAAGUAUUGUAUGAUUUUACAUUCUGUGGUGACUCUUUCUAUGUUUUACCAAAGGGAGGUUAAGGGAAUACCCAUGGCACUCCUGAUUAUGGGUUCAACUGUGCAGGAAGUUCUGCACAAGCCACUUGGAAAUGAAAAGAGUGCUCUUGUCCUUUCACUUCCUUUGUCCCUGUGGCUUGCACAGAAGGGCUGCACAGUGAAUUGCAUCCACUAUGUUUGCAAAGGACAAAAUAAUUUCUGCCUCCCAUUUUUAAUUUAUGUUAUACAUUGUAUAGAAAGGCUUUUCAAAUGUAGAUUAUGUCUGUCACUGUAGCUAACCUGACAGAUCAAUUACUGUAUUAAUAUAUAGUCAAAGCUUGGCUAUCUGGCAAAUCUUUGACUGUGAAGGGAUUUUUAGUGGUUCUCUCCAUGUUUCAGUUAAUGUAUUCAUUAAUUAAAUGUUAGAUCAUCCUUGCAUUUUGGUUAGAGUGUAUCAUAUGUAAUUUGCAAUAUUUAAUUUUUGUUGCAUACCUCUUAAUUGUCAUUUCUGUUAACCAUAAACUACCAUAUUUUGUAGACAUUUUGUAGGGUGGUGCUUUGCUGGUGACUCCUUAGUAUGACACUUAGGCUGGAGCAUGUUGGGAACUACAAGACUUUUUUGUAUCUAAAUGUGUAUAAGGUCGCACCCUUAAUCUCUGUCUGUGCUAAUACUACGCAUUCAUGCAACUAGCCAAGUCUGACUACUUGAUGCAGUCACUUAAACAUGUUCCCUUUUUGAAGAUAAUCACCAAACAAUGGGCAUGAUCCAUCCUUCUGUGGGCAAACUCAUUGGAGCCUUCUUCCUCCCCUCCAUGGCUGGUCCAUAGGCAUGUAUGCUCCAUAUUGUACCUGUAUAUCUAUUUACAUGUCUCUCACCUCUCUAAGAAGUUGGGGAGAUGAGGGACAACAGGAUGGCAGAAGGACCACGUGUACUGCUUUUUUGUUACACGUAAUGCCUGGUGCACUGCAAUUUGGGGUGAGUGGAGAGAGAAUGGACCCUUUACUGCUUCUCUUUUACUGACAGAGCUCCAUCCAUGAGACCGACACAGGAUCAUUCAUGCCUUACAUUUACAGGCAUAAGGAGUUGUUUAACAGCACAUUGCUAUGCAUACACGUAUGUGAUGCAGUGUUUCUACGUACUUUUAAAGGAUGAGAAACUGACUUAAGAUACAAAACUAUAAAGUGCAUUGAUUAUAAAGUUACAUCCCUAUUUUAACUUCAAAAACAUUGCAAGAAUUAAGAGCAGAAGAUGAACCUGUGUAAGUAAGUUUUGAAGAACUUGCACAGUUACUUGGAUCCCCAGCCAAGUUCUAAAUAGGUGACCAUUUUGAACAUCUGCCUUCAGGAUUUGGAAACACAAAUUUUACUGCAUGACACUGAGAUUUAUGCUUUCAAAUCCCUGAAGCAUUUUGGAAACUCCGUGCACUGGUGAUUGAAUCAUAGAUGUAUACGAACUCUUUGUGAUUCUCCUGAUCAUGUAUUAUAGCAAAGUGGGUUCUCUUUUUCCCUGUAGUUCUUGUUGUUUUUAUUUGUGAAAUGACUGGCAACUACUUAACUGGGUGCCAACUCUAUUAUACUUAAUAGUAGUGUAUUUUAUGUGUAUUAAUUGUGUGGACAGCAUUGUGGUGGCGAUUUUGCUCAUUUUUAGACAUAGUGCUGUCUCCAAUUAUCAGGUUGGACAUUUGAGAGGUAUGUCCUUUUUUCCAUGUAAUAUGCACUGAGAAGCAUUGCCAUCCUUCUAAAAAGAGAAAUUUUGAUGAGAAAACAAUAAAAAAUAAAUAACAGAC